AUGUACGCCGUGGGGACCCUCAUGUACGUCAUGCUCAGCGGCGCCCUCCCGUUCACCCAAUUCCACAGCAAAGCCGCGCUCUGCAAGGAAAUGGAGAAGGGCCCGUCCUUCCAGGGCGAGCGCUGGGGCGCCGUCUCGCCGGACGCGAUCGAGCUGAAUCGGAGCCUCCUCGUCUACGACCCCGCGCGGCGGCCGCGGGCGGCGCAGGGGCUGUUGUUUCCCUGGUUUCACCCCACCCCUUCCUACCCCGCCCCCGCCCCCGAGGCCCCGUCGCCGCCGCUCGCGCAGGGCGAUGAGCGGAUCGCCGAGCGGACGUUUUUAAAUCAGGCCUUCGACGCGAUGAAGCCGCCGGAGACGCACUUGUUCGACUGCGGCCCGCGGCACCCCACCCUCACCACCGCCAAGCGCGCCCUCAACAUCGCCGCCUUUCAACUCCAAGGCCAGCCCCAACACUCCUCGGUCGGGGACUAA